CGCUUGACCUUCUCACAGCUUCCGCGAUGCUGCGAGCCUUCUACGCCCAAGGGCUGAGCGACCGGCCGCACAAGCUCAAGGACGACCCAGAGCCCAUGCGCGCGACACGAGCGGACUCAUUCGAGUCGUCUAUUGCGACGUACCCGAGCUCGGCCAACGUCCUCCUCCAUGCCGACGCCAUCCACGAGUACAAGCCGGCCUUCCCGUUCCAAGUCGACGUGCUUGCAUCAGCGCUCGCAGAAGGCGUCGACGCGGCGCGUCCUCCGCCGGCGCUGUCCCGUGGCAAGAGCGCGGCGCGGCUGACGACGACACCGUCGUUCAGUCCCGGGAUCUUUGUCUAGUUGUUUUUAUGCGUGUCGUCAGUCGAGUAAGCUUGUGGGUGUUUUGA